AUGCCUCAAUACCAAGAGUCUGCUCAGACUAGUGGCUAUGAGCUCGCAUGGGAGGCUCCGGGGGGCGGCAAUCACCCCGAUCAAGUCAAUCAAAAUCUCUCCGCUGUCCUGAUCUCAUCGGACGCUUCCUCUCACUCCUUUUCGAGCACAGCUCAAUACCACGUCAAUGAAGCUAUUCGGGACGCCAUGGGUCACCCAGAGAUCUCGCGCCCUCUGCCUGUGCAUACAGAUGAGAAGCGUGGGACUAUUAAGACUCUAUCACAGAGACUUAGCACACAAUUCUCAACAACUGAGCGUCCCCCGUCUCGCAUUUUUCGCCCCGGAACACCCAAUUCUUGGCGAAGCCAAGGUGAAUGGGAUGCCUAUUCUGCCGCCAGUGACAGCAGGCCCAAUACACCCCGGACGUCCAUCUCAUCUGGAGACUCCAGCAUAAGCGGCAGACGCAAGACAAGCGGGGGCAGAAGCAAGCUCAGCCAAGAUGAUAGCUAUAUCGAGAAACCCUCAAAGUUCGUCACUGACUACGGCUGGCCGAUCCUCUCGGAUCCUAUGAACCCCAACAAGAAGCUCACCCCUAGGGAGCUGACGAUGCAACGAAUCGCCUUCAUCCUCCUCGUCUUCUGCCUCAACAUCGCUCUGGCUGCCGUUGCUUGCUUUGGCAACACUGGCUUAGCUACUCUUGUCUUCAUCUUGUUCGUCAAGUGCAAGGACUUCCUAUCCUCGCUGCUCUCGCUCGUCUGUCUCAUUGGAACAUCGAUCUACAAGCACUUUCGCCCUCCCGCACCCGUCUCCCAACGAUGGAUCCUCUCGCUGAUUCCAGCUUACUCUGAAAGCGAGGAGCAGCUAAUCAAGACGGUCUACUCUCUCCGCGACAACGGUUGUGAGCCACACAAACAGGUCAUGUGCAUCGUCCUAGACGGCAAGCCACGCAACAUCAAGCGCGAGUUCUCCCGCAUCAUUGUCGACAUUGAACGCCCCUACCACUCCCUGAAGUACAAAAGGGGCACUCUCAAGAUCACCGCCGGCUUCAUGCAGGACGUUCCCGUCAUCGUCAUCGAAAAAGUCAAGAACAGCGGCAAAAAGGAUUCCCUCAUCCUCACCCACGACCUCUUCAACGCUCCCCGAGACAACAUGCCCACAUACACUCGCCUCCUCCGCGAGGAAAUCUGGCGCACGAUUCUCCCUCCCCUAACCGAAGGCACCGGGUUCAAGAACUUUGACAUGGUAUUCUGCACCGACGCCGACUCUGUGAUCCACCAAGGCCGCGUCGCCAAGCUCGCCAACGCCCUUGCCCGCGAAAAGAAUGCCAUCGCCAGCUGUGGUAUCGUCCUCGUCGAGCUUGAACCAGGCUACGAGUGGUCCUUCUGGAACCUCUACCAGCAGCUGCAGUACACCUUUGGCCAGUUCGUCCGGCGUCGCGCUGAAGGCUUUAUUGGAAAAGUCACCUGUCUCCCGGGCUGCGUCACCAUGGUCGCCGUCCGCGAGGAGAUGGCUGGCGCCAUCGCCAAAUACGCGCGCCCCGUCAAGGAGGACUGGGUCGUCCACCACCAGGUGCAGAAUCUCGGCACUGACCGACGUCUGACGUACUGCAUGCUCAGCCAGUCCUCCAAGCUGCAGACAAUCUUUGUGCCCGAUGCCGUCUCUGAGACGGUCGCGCCGCAGUCCUUCAAGCACUACGUCCACCAGCGCCGGCGGUGGGGUUCCAACGCCUACUUCAACAACUACUUUUACUGCGGCGGCGAGAACAUGAUUCUCAUCACGCGAAUCGCGGCCGCUAUUGAUAUUGCCCGGCAGACGUUGGUAUACUACCGCGUCCUGAACACCAUCCUCUUCAUCCGCGCGCUCAUUCAGGCCUUCAACCCUUGGGACAUCCUCCCGUUGCUUGUGGUGGGUCAGUUCCCCGUUAUCUGGUUCUGCGUCUGUUUAGCCGUGGAACCGGCGCUGCGUCAACGCUCUCACAAGAUUCUUCUCGGAUUCUUCGUCAACAAGCUCGUCUCGCCGUUCAUGUCCAUCAUUAUUUUUUCGGCUGUGGCGAAGAACCUCGGGAACGCUGUCUGGGGAAUGUCUGGUGUCACCGCGUCGUCCGCUGCCCCAGCUCCUGUUGCCCAAGAUAAGCUAUCGGAAGCAGAAGAGGGUAAGGGAGGCGCCGAGAGGCCGGAAAGUCCCACCUCUCGACCCCCUUCGCCGCCAGAAGUGCUCUAA